ACGAGCCUUAAAGGAAAUGUCUUUAGUGAUAAAACUAGAAUUGCUUUGUAUUAACAAAAUCUAUUGACAUUGCAACUAAAUCUUUAAAUAUAUUCAUCAUGUCAACGCCAAAAUUUCCCAUAAAAGAAAUACAAUUACUACCUGAUCAACAUGAAUUUGUUGUGCCAAAGAAAGGUAUUAAGGUACCAAUGGAUAUAGGAGUUUGGCAAAAGUCAGAAGCAUACUUUGAAUACUUAGGAUUUAUCUUAGCAUUGAAUGAAGCUGUUCAAGGAAAGGCUUUAGAUGUAGAAUGUUUGGAAUCUCCUCUAGUUAGUACUGUAGUACAGAUGUUAAACAAGUUUGAUGAAUGGAUAACAGAAAUUCCACCUACUGAACAGCCUCAAAGAUUUGGUAAUAAGUCAUUUCGUACAUGGCAUGAAAGACUACAGCAGAAUGGAGCUGAAGAAUUAAAACAAGUGUUGCCAGAAAAGUUACACCGUGCUGUUCCAGAAAUAGUUCAAUAUUUAUAUGAGAGUUUUGGCAAUCCAACUCGUAUAGAUUACGGUACUGGUCAUGAAAUGGCUUUUCUUAUGUUUCUUUGCUGUAUGUUUAAGAUAGGUGCAUUUAAAGAGGAAGACAAAGUUGCUGUCGUCAUAAAAGUCUUUAAUAGGUAUCUCGAAUUGGCACGUAGACUUCAGUUGAUAUAUCGCAUGGAACCAGCAGGUAGUCAUGGUGUUUGGAGUUUGGAUGAUUAUCAAUUUGUUCCUUUUAUAUGGGGAAGUGCUCAGCUCAUUGGUAUUGAUAUUUACAUGUAUCAUUAUCCUUUUCUCUACAUAUACACACACUUUAUUGAUAUAAUGAUCUUAGAAUUUAAUAUAUGUCUUAUUCAGAAUAUUCACAACACAGAUAUUCUUAUUUUAUCUAAUGUUUUAGGACAUCCUCGAAUAGAACCACGUCACUUUAUAGAUCAAGGUAUUAUACAAUCUUACAGCAAAAAAUACAUGUUCCUUGGUUGCAUUGAAUUUAUUUCAAAGGUAAAAAUAGGGCCUUUUGCUGAACAUUCAAAUCAGUUGUGGAAUGUUAGUGCUGUAUCUUCAUGGUCAAAAGUGAAUAGUGGUCUUAUUAAAAUGUACAAAGCAGAGGUAUUAUCAAAGUUUCCUGUUAUCCAACAUGUCUUCUUCGGUUCUUUGUUGCCAUUAACACCAAUGAAUGCUCCUCCAAAACAUAGAGGAGCCCAUCUCAAUGAAUCACCAUCGAGCAAAGUGGAAUAAAGAGAUUAUAUAUUGAAAAGAUGCAUAUUAAAUAUGUUUGUUAUUGUGGAUCAUUGCCACAUUUCUCAGUAUUUAUACUGAAAUUGUACAUUCAUUUAUUAUGUUCUUACGAUCCUUCGAUGAGCUUUGAAUUAUUUUCUUUUAUUUUAACCAGUCAAAUAAAUUCAUAUAUAGUUAAUAUACAUGUGCAAAAGAAAUAUCUGUAUAUCGCGCGAGUUAACAAAUAAUACAAUUACAUAAU